ACAAAAUAUGCAUAUACAACAGUUAGUAUUGGUAUUAUGUUUAAAUUAAAGGCCAAGACAACAGCAAGGAGUGAGAGACAUUCCACCGCACAGAAAAAAAAUGCUCUAGGAGUUCAGAAAUAUCUCUUAGGACUGGGGUGGAUUUGGGAGGACUCUAGGGGGAGCUAGAGCUUAGACAGAUGGAGAACAAGGGCUUUAUCAAUAAAAAUGUCCAUACAAAUGUGUAAGUAGAGUACUCAAUAAAUUGUUGCUAUGAUGACUACCUUCUGGAACAGUCCAGCAUAGGCCCUAUGAAUAGGAUAUUGGUUUACCAGGAAAAUGUUUUUAUUCAAAUAAAAGACUUCAACUGCCAGUGUGUUUUGGACUGGGGUGAAUUCAUCUGGUUGGCUCAAUCUUUUAGUGUCUGGUUGACCUCUGAACAAUGUCAACAACUGCACUAUACGCUUGAGUCAAUCCAAUCAUGUCCUGACUGUGUUUUCUUGCACAACACCCUUUUCAGUGCUGUGUUGUGGUGUUAUGUAAUGUAUUUGUGAGAAAAUAUAAAGAGCUGAUUGCCGGAAGGGAUUUAACGUAAAGUUUUUCCAGUGAAACAAGACAUAAGAAUCUGAGUUUGUUUUUCAAAGAUCACUAAAGUCUAGUUAUGAGUAGAUCAUAUUUUCCAAAAUGUGUGGCACUUUCUGCCCUCCUUGUCCUGAGUGUUGGUGCACUGGACACAUUUAUUGCUGCAGUAUAUGAGCAUGCGGUGAUAUUACCAAACAGAACAGAAACACCUGUUUCGAAAGAAGCAGCUUUGCUCCUGAUGAACAAGAACAUAGAUGUUUUGGAGAAAGCAGUUAAGCUGGCAGCCAAGCAGGGUGCACAUAUCAUUGUCACCCCAGAAGAUGGAAUCUAUGGUUGGGUCUUCACCAGGGAGAGCAUUUACCCCUACCUGGAGGAUAUACCAGACCCUGAAGUGAACUGGAUUCCAUGUAGAGACCCUGGGAGAUUCGGCAACACACCAGUGCAAGAAAGACUCAGCUGCCUGGCCAAGGACAACUCUAUCUAUGUCGUGGCUAAUAUUGGGGACAAGAAGCCAUGCAAUGCCAGUGACCCUCAGUGUCCCCCCGAUGGCCGUUACCAAUACAACACUGAUGUGGUGUUUGAUUCUCAGGGAAAAUUGGUGGCGCGCUACCAUAAGUACAAUCUUUUUGCACCUGAAAUUCAAUAUGAUUUCCCGAAGGAUUCAGAAUUUGUGACUUUUGACACUCCCUUUGGGAAGUUUGGCAUUUUUACUUGCUUUGACAUUUUUUCUUAUGACCCAGCUGUGGUGGUGGUGGAUGAGUUUCAAGUUGACAGCAUUGUCUACCCCACAGCAUGGUACAAUACGCUGCCCCUCCUCUCGGCUGUUCCCUUCCAUUCAGCAUGGGCCAAGGCCAUGGGAGUCAAUCUGCUUGCCGCAAAUACCCACAACACCAGCAUGCACAUGACAGGGAGUGGACUUUACGCCCCAGACGCAGUCAAGGGGUACCACUACGACAUGGAAACAGAGAGUGGUCAGCUGAUGCUAUCAGAAUUGAAGUCUCGGCCUCGCCGUGAGCCCACCUACCCUGUAGCUGUUGACUGGCAUGCUUAUGCCAGCAGUGUCAAGCCUUUCUCCUCUGAGCAGUCAGAUUUUCCAGGGAUGAUUUAUUUUGAUGAGUUUACCUUCACUGAGCUUCAAAGAAAUACAGGAAAUUACACAGUUUGCCAGAAAGACCUGUGCUGUCACUUAACUUACAAGAUGUCUGAGAAGCGAACAGAUGAAGUCUAUGCCCUAGGUGCUUUUGAUGGACUGCACACGGUAGAAGGCCAAUAUUACUUACAGAUAUGCACAUUACUGAAGUGUCAAACCACCGACCUCGAAACAUGUGGAGAGCCUGUGGGUUCAGCUUUUACCAAGUUUGAAGAAUUCUCCCUCAGUGGCACAUUCAGAACGCGUUAUGUUUUCCCACAGAUCACUCUAAGUGUAAAUCAGCUUGCCCCUGAAAGACAUUAUGAGAUUUCAAGAGAUGGACGCCUGAGGAGCCGAAGAGGAGCCCCUUUGCCUGUCUUAGUCAUGGCUCUGUAUGGAAGAGUCUUUGAGAAGGACCCUCCACGCUUAGGGCAGGGACCUGGGAAGUUACAGUGAUCUCCUUUAGCAGGGCCCUUUCAGGAUUAGCCUGGCUAAGAAAGGAAGAAAAAAGAGACCUGUUAGUGUCUGUUUAGAAGAGAUGUCAUAAACUUAUGGAAACAAAUAUAAUAAACUUAAGCAGAUUUAAAAAGCAA